AUGGCAGCGUCCGCAGAUCCCCUGAGGAGCGCAUCGCGCCCCGGCGCCCAGUCGUCCCGCCAGAACCCAAUCCAACAAGUGCUGUCCCUGCCGCCCAGAUGGCUGCACAUGUACAGCGACUUCAUCACCAAGAAUGCCCACCAGGUUUCGCAGAUUGAGAGCGCCCUGCGAUCGCUGACCUACGUCAUACCGGGCCGAUUUCGCGACGCCGAGAUAGCCUCGGAAACCGUUCACUCAGGUGUCCAGCUGCUGUCGCUUUACCACGAUGCCGUGCUCUUGCGCGCUCUGUCCAGCAUACCCGGCCUAGCCGCAAGGGUCCCGAGCCCCCACACACGAUACACCAGGUUCUGGACUGGCAAGAGCCGCUUGUAUCGCCGUAUAGCGCUCUUGCUCCAGAUCGUACAAUACACGGAGUUGCUAUGGGAGAUGGCAGCCAAGAGACGCGGCGAGAAGGUGCGCUGGCGCGUCGUCAUACUCCUCGAGGCUAUCAAAGCCGUCUGCCGGGUACUGCUGCUGCGCGUCACCAGCUCGAGGCCGCUAGUGACGCCAGUGCUGCCGGAACGAGAGCCAAUUCCCGAACAAGAAGAUGCCCAGAGCAACGAGGACGCCCUGAAGGAGCUGAUGGGCGAAGAGUCAGACGAGAGCCUCUUGGGCCUGAACGGCAACGCAAAGGCAGCCCACGAGAAGGAUUGGUCGAUGCCUCGAACCGGAAGCAAUUUGCCCAGUCUGCCCAACGCCGGCGACAUCAGCUCGUAUCUUCUGGGCCGCGUGCUCAAGGCCGACGACAUCAAACCGGCCGCGAAACUUCUCAAUUCGCUUCAAGGCUCUGCGCAGGCUGCCGAGAUUCUGCACAUCCUAGCACCCCUGAUAUACGCCGUGGCGUUGGCGAGAAGCAAGAACAAGAAGUCAUGGACGCCUUGGCUCGUGGGGCUGAGUCUCGAGUACGCCGCCAGGCAGAUGCGCGAUCGUAGCUUCAGGGCCACCGGCCUUGAGCGGGAGGAAUGGGGCAAACGGGCCUGGGCAAUGGGCUGGUGGGUGAUGCGCGGACCGGCCUACGAGAACGUCAUGAAGGGUGUUGUGGGCGGCUUCAAGAGGCGUAUGCCUAGCUUCGUCGGUAGCAUACUCGAAGACUACGAGUAUCUCUGGGAGAACUACUAUUUCAGCACGAGCGGAUGA